CCUCUCCACAACUCAGAGAGCUCAGACCUGAUGAAAACCCCACAGCUCACCCAACCAAAGCAGGAGCUGCCCUGCUCCAUCUGCUCCUCAAAUGGUUCUGCCUCAUCCCAAGGACAGCCCCACUGGCUGUGUCAAAACCAGAUUUUUAUGGCACCAUGGAUGGGGAUUCACACAAACCAGGGCUCUGUUACCUCCAGGUAAAAUGAGGGGAAUAAUGAGAGAAAAAGUGACAGUAAAAUGCAGCACGUGAAGAAGAUAUUUGCAUUCCCUCUCUCUUUUGGGUGGCUCAAGUGGACGUGGAUCAUGGAUCUGCCUCCUUUGACGGAACAGUAGAGAGCGAGGAAGAGGAUGACAAUGAAAUGGAAGUGGAAGACCAAGAUAGUAAAGAAGCUGAGAAGCCAAACAUCAUUAAUUUUGAUACCAGUUUGCCCACAUCACAUGUGUACCUGGGCUCGGACAUGGAGGAGUUCCACGGCAGGACGGUGCACGAUGACGACAGCUGCCAGGUGAUCCCCGUGCUGCCCCGGGUGAUGGUGAUGCUGAUCCCCGGCCAGACGCUGCCGCUGCAGCUCUUCCGCCCCCAAGAGGUUAGCAUGGUGCGGAAUUUAAUUCAGAAAGACAGAACCUUUGCUGUCCUUGCAUACAGUAAUGCACACGAGAGGGAAGCACAUUUUGGAACGACAGCAGAAAUCUAUGCCUACAGAGAAGAGCAGGAAUAUGGAGUUGAAACAGUCAAGGUGAAAGCAAUAGGAAGACAGAGGUUCAAGGUGCUUGAAAUACGAACACAGUCAGAUGGAAUCCAGCAGGCCAAAGUACAAAUCCUGCCUGAGCGGGUGCUGCCUCCCACCAUGGCAGCAGUGCAGCUGCAGUCUCUCAGCAGGUGCCACGUGCUCCCCUCUUCCAAACCCACCUCCUGGCAGGACAGGGCCAUCAGGCAGUGGUGGCAGAAGUACCAGAAGAGGAAGUUCCACUGUGCAAGUUUGACAUCUUGGCCCCCCUGGCUCUACUCUCUCUAUGAUGCUGAAACCUUGAUGGAGAGAGUCAAGAGGCAGCUCCACGAGUGGGAUGAAAACCUCAAGGAUGAAUCUCUGCCAUCAAACCCCGUUGAUUUUUCUUACAGAGUUGCUGCCUGCCUGCCCAUUGAUGAUGCUUUACGUAUCCAGCUGCUCAAAAUAGGCAGUGCUGUGCAGAGGCUGCGCUGUGAGCUGGAUAUCAUGAACAAAUGCACAUCUCUGUGUUGUAAGCAAUGCCAAGACACAGAAAUAACUACCAAGAAUGAAAUAUUCAGCUUGUCCCUGUGUGGGCCCAUGGCAGCCUAUGUGAAUCCCCACGGGUACAUCCAUGAAACCCUCACUGUUUAUAAAGCCUCCAACCUGAGCCUCAGUGGACGCCCCUCCACGGAGCACAGCUGGUUCCCUGGGUACGCCUGGACCAUCGCGCAGUGCCGGCUCUGCGGCAGCCACAUGGGCUGGAAGUUCACGGCCACCAGGAAGGAGCUGAGUCCCCCCCGGUUCUGGGGGCUGACGCGCUCGGCGCUGCUGCCCCGCAUGCCCGAGGACGCCGAGGACGCGGAGCGCGGCCGCUCGCCGCUGCUGUGCCUGUGACACCCGGGGCCCUGCCGGGGCUGCUGCUCCUCCUGCCGUGCCCCAACCACCCCAGGAACAGCUCAGCCCUUCCCCGUGCUGCUCCCGCACCGGGACACACCAGGAGCGGGACGCCGGGAAAUCCCUGAGCCACCUGGACACAGCUGAGACUGGACUUGUGGAGUUCCCACCUGCAGUGAAGGAAGGAAGGGGGAUGGAAACUGAAACCCAACUGAAAUCCCAACCAGCAGAGUCUGAUUGCUGCAUAUUCCCGGGAUGGUAGAUGGCAGUUAGCUGCUGUGGAGUGUUGGCCAUAACACACUUACACGUGGUUUGCUGGGAAUCCCUGUUGCUAACUCUCUGAAGUCCUUCAGGUUUGCUGCUUGUGCUGUUUCUCAGCUUUUUGCUGAAUAACCGUGGAAGAGAGAAGCAGCCUGAGCAUUUCUGAGUGCUGGGAUUGCAGCUCCUCCCAGGAUGGACCCCGUGGGGAAGUGUCAGUUCCUUACAAGUUGUCUCAUCUGUUUAGUCCAUUUGACUUUAGAAGUCUUAAAUUUUAAACUGUUGGUAAGAAGUGCACAGGUCAGUCCCAGAGGGUAAAACAGCAUUGUCAUGUUCUGUUCAGUGUGCUUCAGUCACUUCCCCAAAUUAUUCCUGGUUAAUUUACCAGUGGAGGUGGCCAGGGGAUUGGGAAGGACUCUAAACCACCCCACUGAGGUGGAUUUUUCAGUAGUACUUGGUGUGACAAAGGGAAGGAAAAAUCUCUUUUAAUUAUUUCAUUGUAACUUUAAGAUCAUAAAGUAAAAUUUCACGUUAUCAACUUAUAAAGAGCAAAAGUUUCCAAAUAAAAUAGGAAUACAGGCAGUGCUUUUUUGUGGGGAGGUUUCUUGGGUUUUGGUUUGGUUUUUGUUUUGUCUUUGCUCCACAAAUUGGGUGCCAAUCUGGGGCAGCUUUUGCCAGUGAUUUAUCUUUUUUUCCCUCACAGAAUGCACUUUUUUGAUGGCAAUGGAGAUUUUUUUAGUGCUUGUGCACAUAAACACUUGUUUUUCUUGUGAAGCUUUUAUCAUUCACUCUUCAUUUCUUCACAGUGAUGUUAAACUAGUCAAGUGUAAGACAUGAGCCACUGGCUGCCUGUUCUCUGUCAGGCUCCAGGCAGGUGUAGCAAGGACAGAUCAUUCAGCUGAGGGCCAAGGCCAAGCCUGGCACACCAGGAGUGAAAAAACACCCCAAACCAUGGACUUCCUGCUGGGUAUUUGUCUUGCCAGGUAUGUAGAGAUUAAUUGUGUAACUCAGGUUUAGUUCUUUGGAACUUUCUACCUCUGUGCUGCUUCUGUUCUUCUUAGACACCUUUAAUUCCGUGCUCAGUUCCCUGUGCAGUGCCCUGGCUUGGCAGUGAACUGUGGAAAGCAGAAUUUGGGAUGUGGCUCUGAGCAAACAGAGGGUGAUGGUGGCUCCUUUUCAUCCAGAAAACAUCCUGGAUGUGGAUAAUGAUUCAUGAUAAGCUUGGAAAGCCAGGCACGGGUGCGAGAGGGAGACUGGAUGCUCUGUGUUAGUGAAUCCACUGGAACCAGGCCUGGCUUUCCCUCACCCAGCACAUCUGGGCUGUGUAUUUGGGAUAUUUUGUUCCUUUCCCCUCAGAGUCCCUCCUGUCUGUUGUUCCUGUGGCCGUCAGUGGGCCUUGGUGGUGGCAAGAAGUUGGAAGGUGCUGCCAGCACCUUCUUCUGCCUUGGUGUGAGCAGUCACUGGGGGCUGGGAAGGGAAUUUCAAAAGGAUUUUCUCAGCUGUCACUGAAUUUUAAAGGUUUAGAUCUUUUGGCCGAGUCUUUUGGAUUCUCAAUUAAAAAUGGCAAUGUUUGAAUCCAGAAUAAGCAUUUUAUGGUGUUUUAUGUAUAUAGUCAAAUGUAAACUAACAUAAUCGAGGUAAGUCGGGAGUAAAUUAAUGCUAAUUAAAUGUCAUUGUUGAUGAUGCUGUUCCAUGUGCUAAACCUGUGCAGUGCUUGCUAUACUGAGUCCGUGACACUUCCCAGGUUAAAUCCUGUGCUGGUGAAUCUGGGAGCUGUCAGAAAAUCCAGCACUCCAGGUGUGGGUUGGGGAUGGUUCCUUACACUGGUUCAUAUUUUCCAUCCUUUUCUCUGUUUUGAAGAGAAAACUGUUGGUGGGAAUAAGGGGAAAAUUUGGAGCAUCAUUAUGGAAAAUUACACAGCAACUGCUCAGAGAGCUAAUCAGAGGAAAGCAGGUUUGGUGAAUAUUUACUACAUUUACCCCAUUGAUUGGCUGAGUAGCUUCCUGCAGGAAUUAAUUCAUUAAUUAAUCCAAUGGGCACGACUGAGGGGUCACAGGAUUUACAGCACAGACUCAUUUCCAAGCCAUCACUGCAGCAUCACCAACACCCCCAGUCAGAGCUGUAACUUUGCAACUUUUCAUUUAUUUUAGGUUCAUUUUGACAAAUAGGUAGAACCACUUGUACACUGGGUCUGAAAUAUUUCAGAUACUCAUUUGUCUUUUAUUAAUGCUCUUUUUGGCUGUGCUGCAGUUCAUUUGUUCCUCUCUUUGUCACCUUUAAUUGCUCUGUGCACUGCUCCAGGGGUAGCCCAGUCUCUGCUUUAACUCUUCCUUCUCUCUGCCUUUUGGGACAACUUUUCUGACAAAUCUUGUGGCUUGCAAAUAUUUGCAAAGAAUAAAAAUCAAUUUGUUUCAAAACUCA